UGGUGGUGCUGCCUGUUUAGCGCAGUCGCAUUAGGUCUUUGGUAGUCGUCGGUGGAGAGCUCGUUGUGUCGGUCCAGGUACGAAGAGACAGAGGACGAAGACGCGCGCGCGAAAACGUGAACUACAACGACAACUAGAAACCACGAUAAAAAGAAAGAAAGAGAGAAAGAAAGAAAGAAAGAAAGAAAGAAAGAGAAAGAAAAAUAAAUAAAGAAAGAAAGAAAGAAAGAAAGAAGAGAUAAAUCAGUCCAAAAAGGAAAUAAAAAAAUAAAUAAAUAAAAAAGAAAGAAAAGAAAAGAAGACAAAUAGAUAUAUACACGAACACCCACCCAUCCAUCCAUCCAUCCAUCCACCCACACACACACACACACACAUAAUAUAAAAAAAAGAAGAAAAAGAAAAAGGAAAGAAAAUUCACAGCGUCUGGCAGAAGGAAAGAGAGCAGGAGAAAAAGAGAGAGAGAGAGAGAGAGAGAGAGAAGUCAAACUUGUAUCACCGGUUCGUCUUUCGAGGAAGAUCGACGCGCCUCGAGAAUGAAGCUGUGGUGGAGUUUAGCGUUGGUCCUCGUCGCCACGUCGAUGUUCCUCAGCACUGUCAGAGCAGAAUCUGUGCUUUGGGAGGAAGACGAUAAGGAGAUUCUUGUACGAACUGUACGUGGCACCAAGGAACGAGCAUCCGGCAGCAGCGCCGCUUCGUGCAGAUACGUCAAGGGUCAAUGGUCGGAGUGCGAUUCAAAAACCAACACUCGUUCCCGAACUCUUAAUCUUAAAAAGGGGGACAAAUCUUGCGAACAAACUAAGACUAUUCAGAAGAAAUGCAAAAAAGGCGUGGCGGGGAGAGCAGCGUGUCGGUACGAAAAGGGCACAUGGAGCGGAUGCGUGAAUCAACUAUCGACGAGAGUGGAUAAUUUGAAGGCGAACAGUGAUCCCACUUGCGAGAAGACGCGUUUGAUUACGAAGAGGUGUAAACCGGAGACCAAUACCAAGAAAUCUACCAAAGGAGGCGAACGAUCGAACAAGAAGUCGGGCAAGCAGUAAGAUAAUUUUCUCGUUUAAAACCGUGUACCGUGUCCCUUUGUAAAACACAUGGCGAUCAAAAAAAAUCCGACAACGGGCAACGAAAAAAAAAAAAAAAUGCAUUCUUGUGUUUCCUCUUCGACGUAUAUAUAAAUAUGUUUUAUUAACGAAUUGUCGUUAUUAAUAAAUCGCGAGUAUACUUACUACGAUCGAGACAUUGUCGUCGAUCGGUUGAAAUAAUAAUAAUAAUAAUAAUAAAUAAAUAAAUAAAUAAAUAAAUAAACGUUUCUGUGUAGGUGUACAAUUUUGUUGUGUAAACAAAAAAAAAUCAAACAAACUAACAAACAAACAAACAUAAAAACGAAUCUUCCCGAUUGUCUAAUAAACAAAUCUAAUGAUCGACGUUAAAAAAAUCGGUAAACGUACGUGAUACCUUAAACGCGUACAUAAGAAGCGAAAAAAAAAGAAAAAAUAAAGAAAUCAAAAUAAAAAAAAAAAAAUAAAAAAACACUCACGAUAUCGCAUUAGAGAGAAUUAUUAUUAUUAUCUUAUACUAAUCGCGUCGAUCGUAUAGGAUACAACUGCUUCUCUAUAUAUAUUUAAUUAUGAUCAACUCUUCCAUUUUCGUGGCCAAAUCUUAUUCCGCGAAAUACAUUAUAUAUAUAUAUAUAUUUUUUUUUCCUUUUUUCUUAAAACUUCUUUAAUUUUUGUCGACAAAUAAUUUAAAUGUGGUAUAUAUACAUAUAUAUAUUAAUUAAUUGUUAAUUUAAUUUUUUCUUGAGGAGGAAUUUCUCAAAAACGUUUUUUGAUAAAAGAAAGAGAUAGAGAGAUAAAGGUACCACCGUUAAAUCUCCCUUAAUAAAAUCUUAAAAUCUACUUGACGAUACGAAUUUUUAAUCUUUCGAAUAUAUUCCGAGAUAUAUAUAUAUAUAUACUCAUACAGAAUGGAUCGAAAAUCUCUAGUUGAGUCAAAAGUUUGUAGAUAAUCUUAAAAAUCAAUCACUCUCUUUUUCGAGACUUUUUAUAUAUAGGCUAACUUUUUUUUUUAAAAUUGUAAGAUUACAAGUUCAGCUUGUAAAACUGCAAGCCUAACUAGAAGCCUAAAAGGUCUCGUAAAGAAGUCUAAUCGAUUUCUAAUAAUCACUUAGGAACUUUUGACAUGCCUUAAGACUUUUGUCCCAUCCUGUACAUAUAUAUUAACAUGUUUAUGACGUCGAUCAUGACGCAUUUUUUCUCUGAAUCAAACAAAAAAAUAAAAAGUACAUAUAGAACAAUAUACGAAAUAUAAAUAAUCCCAUUCGGUAACUUAAAAUUAUAUUGAGCACCUUUUUAAGCACGAUUAAUUUUUUUGCUGAUUUAUAUUUUAUUUUUUUCUUCUGUUCCUUUAAUUUUAAUUUAACGGGGUACUUGAAAUCAGUUUAAAGAUUAAAAAAAGCAAAAGAAAAUACAAAAAUAGGAAAAAAAGAAAAGAAAAAAAAUGCCACGUUGAAAACAUUUUCCGACCUUAUCAAAUAGCUGUACGGUGUAUCGAUGUUUAAAAAAUGAUUGUGUAUAUUUUGUGUAAUAAUAUGCACGGUCUUCGAUAACGAUUCCAUUAUCCACGAUAUGUAUUCUUAAUAUCUUCCACUAUUUUUCGAACACAUACACACAAGCACACAUACACAAGCGCGCUGACACUCACACACGCAUGCACGCACGCACGCAAGCAAGCAAGCAAACACAAGUGUCUCUUCUAUAAAGUUUCACAAUCGUUGGAAAAAAGAAAAAAUAAAUAAAAAAUAAUAAAAUAGAAAACCAAAAAAAUACUAAAAAAAAAAAAAGAA